UAUCAAAGAUCCUUCGCGGAUCAGAUUCUAGACAUAAUCCUGUCGAAGACCCAGCGCAAGACCCUGACCGUCGUCCAUCGACAUUACCAGAUUUCCCGCAUCCGCUCCUUCUGUAUGCGUAAAGUUCGCUUUGCGCAACAGAAUUUCCAUGAUAAAUUAUCGCAGAUUAUCCAGGAUUUCCCCAAAUUAGAGGUAGGGAUGCUGCGAACCGUUGCAUCGUUUCCGUGCAGUGUGGGAAAGGAUUACGCAUGCUUGCUGAAAUAUGGAGAUUCUCUAUAUCGGUGCAAACAACUUAAACGGGCAGCAUUGGGACGAAUGGCCACCAUAAUGAAACGUCAGAAUUCCAGUUUGUCCUACCUGGAACAAGUCCGCCAGCAUCUCAGUCGUCUGCCCAGCAUCGAUCCCAACACGCGCACCCUCCUCAUUACCGGCUUUCCCAACGUGGGAAAGUCCAGUUUCAUCAAUAAAAUCACGAGGGCUGAUGUUGAUGUCCAGCCGUAUCCCUUCACCACCAAAUCCCUCUUUGUUGGCCACAUGGACUAUCGGUAUCUGCGCUGGCAGGUGGUCGACACACCCGGUAUCCUCGAUGCACAGCUGGAAGAACGAAAUACGAUCGAAAUGCAAGCGAUCACAGCGCUGGCCCAUCUCCGAGCUGCUGUUUUAUACGUCAUGGAUAUCUCUGAACAGUGCGGUCGGACACUGCAGGAACAAGUGCAACUUUUCAACAAUAUCAAGCCAUUGUUUGCCAAUAAGCCCUUAAUCAUCGUUGUCAACAAAACUGAUAUUACUCGACCAGAAGAUAUGCGACCCGAUGAAAAGCAUAUACGUUGGCUGGAAAUGGCUGAAGAAUACGUUCUCGAUCUGAAAAAACAUUAUUUGGAAAUUCCGGAGAAGGAGCGCUAUGAUGUCAUUCCGGAAAUGUGGAACGGAAAGAAUAUCGCGGAUUAUGUUGACCCUGAAAUUUUUGCUAGAUUAGAACAAUUAGAAAAGGAAGAGGAGGAAAGGGAAGCGCGGGGCGAUUAUGACGAUGAAAUGGAAGAGGACGAUGAGGAAAUGGAAAAGAUCAGGAUACAGGCCAAAGAGAUUCGGCGCCGGAAGGCAGUGAUGCACGAGGAAUCCCGCGUUAACAGCACCAAUAAACCGCGUAUGGCCCGUGCGACAGGCCGCAAACGCGAUCGCAGUGAGAGUCGACUGCGUGCGCAGAUGGAGGAUUUGGGUAUCGACGGGGAGGAAUUGAGCGGAAAACGACAGGCACGCUCCGUGACGGAGGGCAGUCGGGUACGGGAGGCCAAAGCCAAGCGACAGCGCCUGAUCAGUGCCAGCGCCGGCAGUCGGGUGCGCUCGUCAUCACGCGUGCCGCGAGAUCAAUCUGGACUGCGGGAUGAGAAGAUGGUCGAGAAGGCGAAGAAGAUGAGGAAACAUGCUCAGAAUCGUAUGAACCAUCAAGCCAAGAAGGGUGAAGCCGACCGAAAGAUUCUCAAUAUGAAACCGAAACAUCUCUUCGCCGGCAAACGUACUGUUGGAAAGACCGCUCGCCGGUAGUUGUUUCUUCUUUCUUUUUUUUAAAAGGACACUAUGUUGUGGGCGCAGAAUGAAUAAAGAGAACUAACGAAUACGACUUCUAUAAGGACAACUGUUUUAUUUUGCUUGAUGAUUGGCUUUAACUUUUAACAGUGAGUGGUAUAAAAAUCACGUCGUCUGCCUUGUCAUACU